AUGGCUGCCGCCGCCCUACAGAUUGCUGGAUUGAUCCUUGGAGGCAUUGGCUCAGUGGGGACUUUUGCUAUAACUGGCAUGCCUCAGUGGCGAGUGACUGCUUUCAUUGAAAACAACAUCGUGGUUUUCGAAACCAUCUGGGAAGGUCUCUGGAUGAACUGCAUCAGGCAGGCUUCCAUCAGGAUGCAGUGCAAGGUCUACGACUCCCUCCUGGCACUGACCCCUGACCUUCAGGCUUCAAGAGGUCUGAUGUGUGCUGCCUCAGCUCUGGCAUUCCUUGCUUUUGCAGUCACAAUUCUUGGGAUGAAGUGCACUCAGUGCACAGGAAACGAUGACCGCAUAAAAGGUUAUAUUCUGCUGGCCGGUGGCAUCACUUUCAUUCUGUCCGGCAUCAUUGUGCUCAUCCCAGUCUGCUUUGUUGCCCACAACAUCAUCCGUGACUUCUACAAUCCUGUUGUCACAGUGGCUGAGAAGCGAGAGCUCGGGGAAGCUCUUUACAUAGGAUGGGUGUCUGCUUUCUGUCUUGUCGCUGGAGGGGCAAUUCUUUGCUGUUUCUGCCGUUGCAGUGAACAAACCAGGAGUUAUCGGUACUCUGCGCCUUCGCAGCCUUCAGCCUACCACAGCCACCGUACUCAAAGAAGAGCUGAGAGUUCAUAUUCUAAAAGUCAAUAUGUUUAG